ACAGCCACACUUCACACACUGCUGAUCACCUCUGAGCUACUCCUGCUGGUUUUCAUGACUUUGUGGCGGUACAGACUUUAUCUGGAGUGGAAUAUAAAACAGAAGAAUUCAAUGGAUUAGCACCGAACGUGUAGGACUUUUAUUAUUGCUGGGAACUUUUUUUUGUAUUAUUUGCUGUUCAUGAGGACUCUGUCCAUGUUUUCUGUUGGAUGAUGGCUCAGGGAGUCAUUCCAUUGUUUGGCAUUAUCCUGAAAAUCAUUUUUGUUGCUGCAAUUGAACUGAGGUUUAUGCCUGACCCACCAACGCUGAACAUCUAUGGCAACCACAGGAUGAACAAAUCUGACGACCUUGAACUGACAUGCAGAGGUCGGCAGUACCUGAGGUGGGCUACCCCUCCUACCAGCACUCGCUUCUCCACCAGUGACUGCAGUGGAUCGGGUCUCUUCUGCACAACUCUUCGGAUUUCCAACGCAACUGUAAAUGAAACGGGACAGUACCAGUGCUCGUACAGGGACCUGAAAGUGGAAGAUGGCAAGACUUCAGCAGCAGCUUAUGUGUUUGUUCACGAUUACAAAGUGCCAUUUGUGCCGUCUGACAAAGAAUUCGAGGUGGUGUUCAUCCGUGAGGGAGAGCGGGUGGUGAUACCAUGCCGAGGCUCGGUGGAGAACCUUAACGUCACGCUGCAUACUAAGUAUCCAAAUAAGGAGCUUCAUCCCGAUGGUAAGGACUCCCUGUGGGACGCCAGGACGGGUUUCACUGUCCCCAGUCACCUGAUCAGCUACGCCGGCGUCGUGUCCUGCCAGACUCGGAUUGGAAACGAAACAUUUAAGUCGCCUCUCUACAUUGUUGCUGUUGUUGGAUUCAAGAUCUAUGAACUCACCCUGACCCCCACGCAACUGAGGCUGUCUGUGGGGGAGAAGCUGGAGCUCCUCUGCACCGCCAAAACUGAGCUCAAUGUGGGCAUCGAGUUCAACUGGACGCAUUCUGGUCAGGCGCUGUCCUCAGUGAAUGGUUCGAGUGAGCCGCACGCGACUCCCCACAAGAAGAAGCUGUGGAACUCCCUGGAGCUGUCCAACAAACUCGAAGUACAUAACGUGAACGUGGAUCACGCCGGGGAAUACACCUGCUCUGCGUCCAGUGGGCAGAUGGAGAAAAGUGCCUCAGCAUUUCUCACAGUUUAUGAAAAGCCUUUUAUUGAUAUAAAAGAGCCAUGGAGGAAGGUUUGGGAGGUAAAUGUGGGAGAUCAAACAUCUAUUCCUGUCAAGUACACAGCCUACCCAGACCCCGAAUUGAAAUGCUUAAAAAAUGGCCGACCACUGAAAGAUGACUACAGAAUAAAGCUGAGAAGUGAAGCCCUCAUCUUCCACAAAGUCACAGAAAUGGAUGCUGGGAAUUAUACAAUCGUCCUGAUUAAUAAGAUAACUAAAGAGGAACGGAGACUCUCUUUCCAGCUGCUGGUCAACGUGCCUCCUCGUAUCAUUGAGAAGGAGGUGGCAGUGGACACUGAUGUGUACCUGUACGGCAGCAGCCCCACCCUAAGGUGCACCGCCCGUGGAUUUCCCACACCUACACACAUCCAGUGGCAGUGGAUGUCCAAAGAGGACUGUCCAGAGGCCUUUCUGCCAGGGCUGAUGAAGUCUGAGUUACCACUAGCGGAGUGUAAAGGUUGGAGAGACAUCAGCAAUAGCACCGGUUACCACCCAGUGGAACGAAUUGAUGCUGAGCAUGCCCCAAAGAAGAUUGUGAGCUCUUUGAAAAUCCAGAAAGCAGAGGCUCAUGCCCUCUACAGAUGCAUAACUGCCAACAAAAUAGGAAAGGAUUCUCGCAUCAUCUUUUUCCACGUCACUCGUGGCCUUGAGGUGAGUGUGUCUCCCUCCAACGAGCCCUUAGAGGAGGAUGACGUGGUUCUGCGCUGUAAGGCCGACAAGCUGAUCUACAGAAACCUGACCUGGUUCAGUGUGAGCAACAUCUCAGAGUUGGAACAGAUUGCGUCGGUGCAGCCCUGUCGCCCCUGGUGGAAUGUGACUGUACUAAGGAACAAUUUUGAGCGGAGGCCUAAGUCACCUGUAGUGCUGUCCAGCCUGGAGGGCGCCAACGUGACCCUGGAGCUGUCGCUGCCCAACGCCUCCCUUCAGGAUGAGGGUCUCUAUGCCUGUCAGGUGGUAAACAUCAAGACUCGGGAAAAAUCCUGCCUGCUCCGCCGUCUUUCUAUCAAAGGUCUUGAGGCUGCAAGGAUCUUAAAUAAUAUCACAGAUCAAAAAGUGAAUGUGAGUGCUACGGUCAAUCUCCUCUGUGACGCUGCUGGGAUGCCGAGGCCAGUGGUGGUGUGGACCAAAAACAACCACACUGUGGUGGAGGGCUCAGGCGUGAUUCUGAGUCAGCACAACCACCUUCUGACGAUUCAGCGCGUGAAGAAGGAGGACAGCGGUUUGUACAGCUGCACUGCCUGUAACAGCCGUGGCUGUGACUCCUCGCAGGCCUACUUGACGACUGAAGGUGCAGAGGAAAAGACUAAUGUGGAACUGAUUGUUCCAAUUGGGUCAGUGGUCAUCGCCAUGUUCUUCUGGUUACUGAUCGUCUUUGUCAUCCGUGGAAGAAAGAGACCAAGUGGUGGGGAUCUAAAGACGGGCUACCUGUCCAUGAUCCUGGACUCUGAGGACAUGCCCAUGGACGAGCAGUGUGAAAGGCUAACGUAUGAUGCUAACAAAUGGGAGUUUCCUCGGGACAGGCUGAAGCUAGGUGACCCACUGGGAAGAGGAGCGUUUGGUCAGGUGGUCGAAGCAGCUGCCUUUGGCAUCGAGAAAGCUACCACGUGCACCACUGUAGCAGUCAAGAUGCUUAAGGAGGGAGCCACGUCGAGUGAGUACCGUGCCUUGAUGUCAGAGCUGAAAAUUCUCAUUCAUAUUGGACAUCAUCUCAACGUAGUCAACCUGCUGGGAGCCUGUACAAAGCCUGGAGGGCCUCUGAUGGUGAUUGUGGAGUACUGUAAACACGGGAACCUCUCCAGCUACCUGAAGAGCAAGCGAGGAGAGUACAGCCCCUACAAGAGGAAGCGGGUGGAUAGCCAGAAGUGGGCCUCAGCAGAGGAGGAUGUGACCGAAGGGGAUCUGGGCCUGGGGAAGAUUGCCCAGCUUGACAUCUGCACAGGGACGGCUGUCUGCUCCAGAGCUGCAGACAGGACAUCAGGCAGCAACAUGGACACUCAGGAAGAGAGCUCAGAUGAUCAACAUCUGACAAUGGAGGACCUGAUAUGCUACAGCUUCCAGGUGGCUAAAGGCAUGGAGUUUCUGUCCUCCCGCAAGUGUAUCCACAGAGAUCUAGCUGCCAGAAACAUCCUGCUUUCAGAGAACAAUGUGGUGAAGAUCUGCGACUUUGGCCUCGCUAGAGAUGUCUACAAAGACCCUGACUAUGUCCGCAAGGGAGAUGCACGUCUCCCUCUGAAGUGGAUGGCUCCGGAGACCAUCUUCGACCGGGUGUACACCACACAAAGCGAUGUCUGGUCCUUUGGGGUUCUGCUCUGGGAGAUCUUUUCUCUAGGGGCUUCUCCCUAUCCUGGUGUUUGCAUCGACGAGUUGUUCUGCAGGAGGCUUAAGGAGGGCACCAGGAUGCGACCCCCAGAAUACGCCACCACUGAGAUAUACCAGACCAUGUUGGACUGCUGGCUCGAUCGUCCAACAGACAGGCCAACAUUUGCAGAGCUGGUCGAACAUAUGGGCAACCUGCUGCAGGCCAGCGCUUACCAGGAUGGGAAGGACUACAUCCCUCUGACAGUAGGAAGUGAGGCAGAAGGAUCUCCAGUGACACCUGACCCCAGGAGUCCCUACAGCAGGCCCCAAAGUGGAGAAAUCCUGGAGGCUCAGCUCCACUAUGACAACCCACCAUCCUUUGGUCGGCCCCUGAGUCUCAAAACGUUUGACGACGUCCCGGUGGCACAAAGCAGUGUCAUGGAGGGUCACACAGACAGUGGGGGCUUCUCACCAGAGGAGGUAAAGGGUUUGAAUCAACAGCUGGCAACCACGCCAAACUUCAGCCAGCUGCUGCGCUGUAAGAGUAAAGAGUCUCUAGCCUCUGAGUCAUCCAAUCAGACGAGCGGAUACCAGUCCGGCUACCACUCUGACGACACAGACACCCCCAUCUAUGCCAACGAGGAGGUGAUCUUGAAGCACAACAUGCGGAAGAAGCCUCCGCUGCCCAAGACGCCUGACAAAUAUAACAUGGAGAUCCGCUACAGCACACCACCUGUCUGACCCCCCUCACCCCCGACUUAACCCUGAGUCUUUCACUGUACAGUCACUGUAUAUCUUCUGCAGGUAUUACACUUUAAGAACAAUGAAAACAUGUUGGGAUAUUGUAAAGGGAAACAGGGAAGAAGAAGGUUGUUUGAUAUGUUUGUAAGUGUAGCCUUCUUGAGGCAGCCCGGGGAAUGCUUUAAUGUUUACUCAGCGAGUAAAAGGGCCUGGGAAGUUAAGACACGAGGACACGCCUACUUCCUGAGGAGCACUCCACCCACUUCCUGUAUUGCAGGAAAUGACAUCUGGAAUUUUUAGAUAAUGGAAUUUGCAAAUGUUCUCUUUCUUUCUUUUUUUAUUCUCUUUUUUUUUUUUAUUGUGUUGGCAUAUUUAAUGCCUGCUAAGGAGGCAGUUCUCAUAGAUACAUCAGAAUAAUGUUUCUGUAGAGUCAUAUUUGUACAGUUUCUUAAUGCGUACCACUAACAGUAUUUUGUUGAAAGCGUAUCAAUUAACCUGCAUUAAAUGUAACUAGUUUUAUAAAAUAAAAAUACUCACAUGUUAAGACA